UUCCCAUUAAAACUCCACUAUUUGUCACUGGUAACAUUAGAACUGGGUCGACAUAUAUGCAUCGCUUACUAUCCUUGGACUGAGCUGUUUUCACCACCUGUAUGGCAGUUAGAAAACCCUCUACCUCCGCCAGUUAGCUUCGAAGAAGACAGAGCGAAGGCAUUUCAACCCAUUGCUGAUAUUUGGAACAACGUCCCUUCAUUUGUUGCUCUUCAUGGCGCAUUCACUCCUAUGUCAAUUGAGGAAGAUUUUUGGAUAUUUUUUCGAAGUGGAUUGUGGAAGGAUGGAAGCUACGGAAGGAUGAAUACGGGUUCCUAUAAUGAUUGGUAUGAAAACAUGUCUGGUGAAGAGGAUUUGCGACAAUACAAGCAUUACAAGAAAGAACUACAACUUCUGGCAUUCAACCAAGGCAAGGGGGAGAAGCCAUACGUAAGGAAGGAUUCAUACCAUAUGAAGUUUAUCUCUACUCUCUUACAAGUCUUCCCCGAUGCAAGAAUUGUCCAUUUGAUAAGAGAUCCCGUUGCAAAUCAUGCUUCAUCGUGUUCAAUUGCUUAUACCUGGGCAACUUUGAUCUAUGAUCUAAAGGACAUAGAUCGACUGAAACUUGGAAAGGCAGUCGCACGAUACAAUUUGAUAGGCAUGAGGAAGUUUUUGGAAUUCAGAAAGGUCUACGACGCCAACUUGGCACCAGGGGAGCGAUCAUUCUUUUGUGAUGUGAAGUAGAGUAUGAAGAUCUUGUAGAAUCACCACUUGGAACGAUGAAGAAAAUAUAUUCCCAUUUUGACAUGGAACUGAGCAGAGAGACUGUAGUUAAAGUGAAUGCAUAUGUUGCUGAGUGUGCAAAAGAUUGGAAGACCCCGAACAAACACUCACUUGAAGACUAUGGUUUUGACCCAAAAGAUGCGGUCGAGCUCUAUAAAGACUACACGGAGUAUUUUGCUUAAGAACCUUUAACUAAUACAAGUCGAG